AUGCCCGUCCUCCAGACCAAGAUCGAGGGCCGCGGUAACGGUAUCAAGACUGUCGUCCCCAACAUGGAGGACGUUGCGCGUGCUCUGAACCGUCCCCCCAGCUACCCGACCAAGUUCUUCGGUACCGAGCUCGGUGCCCAGACCACCAUGGCCAACGACCGUUACAUUGUCAACGGCGCGCACCAGGCCGACCGCCUCCGCGAGCUGCUUGACUCGUUCAUCGACAAGUUCGUUCUGUGCGCCUCGUGCAAGAACCCCGAGACUGAGCUCGUCAUCACGGGCAAGGGCCGCAACGAGGACAUUCACCGUGACUGCAAGGCUUGCGGUGCCCACACUGGCAUCGACAUGCGCCACAAGCUCACCACCUUCAUCCUGAACAACCGCCCCAAGGACGGCAAGAAGGGAGGCAAGAAGGGCAUGACUGCCGAGGCCAACGUCGGUGGUCCCAUGGUCUUUGACGAGAAGGAGGGCUCUGACGAGGGCGACGCCGGCAUGGGUUCUGGUGCCAUCGGUAUGGACGCCAUCAUUGGCCGUGGUGCCGACCCCGUCCUGAGCAACCCCGACGCCAUCUGCGGCAAGGUCAAGGACCUCGACCUGGAUGACGACGAGGACGACGCCGACUCGCCUUACGGCCAGCUCGGUCUCUGGCUCGAGGAGAACCGCUCGGCCUCGGACGCCGACAUCAUUGCCAAGAUCAAGGAGCUCGAGAUUGUCGGCAAGCACAAGGCGCUCAUCCCCAUUGGCGCCAAGCUCUUCACCGACAAGGGUGUCGUCACCGAGAUCCCCGAGCGCGCCUCGCUCCUGCAGGCCCUGGUCACUGGCGAGAAGCACCAGAAGUCGCUCCUCGGCGGUAUCGAGAAGCUCGUCGGCCUCUCGGACGAUGUCGACGACCUCAUCGCCCAGGGUGCCGUCUCCAAGAUCCUCAUGGCGCUGUACCAGGACGAUGUGCUCGACGAGGACGUUGCCAAGCAGUGGGGCACCCACGUCUCGAAGAAGUUUGUCCCCAAGGACGUCUCGAAGAAGGUCCGCAAGAACGCCGACGCCUUCCUCAAGUGGCUUGACGAGGCCGACGAGUCGGACUCGGAGUAA